GGCCGCGGCGGCAGCGGCGGCAGCAGCAGCAUCAGAUCCCUCCGCAGCGCCGUUUGCCUGACUGGUGUGCUCGCUCCUGAAGGCGCGUGAGCGUGAAGUGCGCAAAUAGAGUCCGCAUCUCUGUGUGGAAGGCCUCUGCCCCGCUACAAGGAGCGCUCCGGUGACGGCCAAGCGGCGGAUCUAUCCUCCUCCUGCUCCUGCUGCUCCUCCUGCUCCUGCUCCUCCUGCUGCUGCUCCUGGUUUUCUCCUGCUCCAGAUCUGUUAGGAUAAAGGCGGAAAGACCGUGUUCGUAAUGGCGACAGCUGCGGUAUCUGGCCCUGCUGGCUGCGGCCCCAGCUCCGGAUCGGCGGCCGAGCUGGUCCGCGGGCAGGCCUUCGACGUGGGGCCUCGCUACAGCAAUCUGUCCUACAUCGGAGAGGGCGCCUAUGGGAUGGUGUGCUCUGCGUAUGACCGGGACAACAAGAUUCGUGUGGCCAUCAAGAAGAUAAGCCCCUUUGAGCACCAGACGUACUGCCAGCGCACCCUGAGAGAGAUCAAAAUCCUCCUGCGCUUCAAACACGAGAACAUCAUCGGCAUCAAUGACAUCAUCCGCACACCCACCAUCGACCAGAUGAAGGAUGUAUACAUCGUCCAGGAUCUUAUGGAGACAGACUUGUACAAGCUCCUGAAGACUCAGCACCUGAGCAACGACCACAUCUGCUACUUUCUCUACCAGAUCCUACGAGGACUCAAGUACAUCCACUCCGCCAAUGUUCUGCACAGGGACCUGAAGCCCUCCAACCUUCUGCUGAAUACCACCUGUGAUCUCAAGAUCUGUGAUUUUGGCUUGGCUCGCGUUGCUGAUCCUGACCAUGACCACACUGGUUUCCUAACAGAGUAUGUAGCCACACGUUGGUAUCGGGCACCUGAGAUUAUGCUCAACUCCAAGGGGUACACCAAGUCCAUAGACAUCUGGUCAGUGGGUUGCAUCCUGGCUGAGAUGCUGUCCAACAGGCCAAUCUUUCCCGGGAAGCACUACUUGGAUCAGCUCAACCACAUUUUGGGUAUUUUGGGUUCUCCCUCUCAAGAAGAUCUGAACUGCAUCAUCAACAUCAAGGCCAGGAACUACCUUCUGUCCCUGCCUCUGCGCUGUAAGGUGCCGUGGAAUCGCCUCUUCCCCAAUGCUGAUCCUAAAGCACUGGACCUCUUGGACAAGAUGUUGACGUUUAACCCCCACAAGAGGAUUGAGGUUGAGGAGGCCCUGGCACAUCCGUAUUUGGAGCAGUACUAUGACCCUACAGAUGAGCCCGUGGCCGAAGCCCCAUUCAAGUUUGACAUGGAGCUGGACGACCUACCAAAAGAGACAUUGAAGGAACUGAUCUUUCAAGAAACCGCACGCUUCCAGCCAGGCUUUAGGUCCUAACGUCUCACUCAAAUGAUGCUCUGGACCGGCUUCUGCGCUGCCGCCACUCGUCUCCCUGCCUCCACUCUGUUGUUGCUGUGAUACGUAUCGUCCCCCGCCGCUGUCCGCAUCACCUGGAGUCUUCUGGUCUCACUCGUCAAGUCCACCUUGCUCAGGAAUGGCGUCAGGAAUCAAUAUGUCUGUCUAUCUGUCUUUGUCUCUCUUUUGCUCUCCAUCUCUCUGUCUGCAUCUCUCUGCAUCUCUCUCUGCAUCUCUCUCUGCAACU